CAGGCCUGGUGUGUCAGAGAGUGUACCGAUCAGUGUGAUGCGGCACAGUAUCCUAGGAGGGUCACGGAAUAACAUGACCUGGCUGUUUCUGUUCCGAGUGGGGCGGAAAGCCGGGAAAGGAGAGCCGCAGUAUGCGGCCGCAGCCCGCGUGGAGUGUGUGCGGCUAGACGUCAACGUGAGCGUGAUGGCACACCUCAGUGAUCUUGACAAGGGCAGGCUCAUCUUGCUUUUCGAUCAAGGUCACUCUGUCAAGCAGGCGGCAGAGAUUCUCGGUGUAGCUCUAACUACUGCCAGACGGUGGAAACGCCGUUAUGAGCAGGAAGGGAAAAGGGGUUUGAAAGCGCGCUAUGAUAAGUGUGGAAGAAAACGGAAGACGACGGAGGAGGAAGACAGGCGCAUGGUGGAGGUGUUUUUGCCUUCCGUGGAGGAAAUGCGCCCCGACGAGGAGCGACCCUGGACUAUAAUGCAAGAAAACGCCCCUAUCCACACAGCGAGGGCAGUCAAGCAGUGGUUUGAAGACCACGCAAACUCAGUUCUUGCCAUCCCCUGGCCCUCAAUGAGCCCAGACCUGAACCCUAUCGAAAAUGUGUGGUCUCUAAUGGUUCAUGAGCUGGAGGAGGAGCUGCGCCAGCCGGCCGGCAGCUCAACCAGGACGAGCUCUGGGCCGCCGUCUUGGCGAAAUGGGAGGAGCUCCGCCGCCGCGCCGCCCCGGCUACUUCCGGAGCCUGGUGGCCUCGAUGAGGCAGCGGCUGGAGGCCGUGCUCCGAGGCAGCGGGCGGCCACACUUCCUACUAAACCGUUCUGUUUGUUAGUCAUCUUAUGUUAAAGAACAGUGUUUUGUUUAUAAAUUUUACUUAUGUUACCUACAUGUGAUUAGUGUGCAAGAUGUAUAUUAGUACCAAUGUGACUCAGUGACAAGAGGCUGAUGCCUGAUUUUUUUUCGUGAUGUGAUAUUCAGGGGGCUUGAAACGUCUCAACUAUUAGUGCGAGCUAGGAGUGCUAUGAUCAGCAGCACUUGUAUAUAGCAUCGCUGGAUUAUGUGCAAUGAGAAUAGACUUGAUUACUCAACCUUUUAUCCGACAAACCCCAGGACUUCACCUGAAGAAAUAUAUAGCUGACACUCCUGGCA